UAGGAGCUCAAUUUAUUUUGAAAUUUCGGUCACUCGUGAGACCUUCUUGGACGGUCGUAAGGCCUGGUGCUUCCAGCAGGGCCCGUCCAGCCGUGUGUAGACCUGCCGUCCCGUCAGACCAAAAUAGAAUGACUGGAUGAAAUGGCCGCGUCGUCAGGUCUUGCUUAGGGGCACAUCUCCAAAAUUAGUUAACAGUAUGGGUACUGACCAACAACAGUUUUGCCUGCGAUGGCACAGUUACCAGAGCAGUCUUAUGGCCACACUUCCUCAGUUGUUAGACGGCAAUCAUCAUUUGACAGAUGUAACACUGUCUGCCCAGGGACGGAACCUCCGAGCACACAAAGUGAUUUUAUCAGCAUGCAGUCUUUACUUCAAGGAACUUUUUAAAGAGCUGCAGCCACUUCAACACCCUGUAAUUGUACUUCCUGGCAUGAAUUUUGCUGACCUGGUUGCUCUUGUCACUUUCAUGUACAGUGGUGAAGUAAACAUCUAUCAACAUCAGUUAUCAGGAUUACUAACAAUGGCAGAUGUUCUUCACAUUCGGGGGCUUUCUGAAGUUGGUUCAGAGGCUGGAAAUGCUGGAAUGGAUAGUUUGGCCCCUCCAUCAGUUUCUAACAAAAGAGACCAGAAAAGCCCUACUGCUGCCAAAAGAAAGCUUCCAUCGUCUCCCACACACGUUACUAGUCCACCUCUUGAGCAGGCUGCUGACAAAAAAUCCAAAGAAAGUGCAUUGGACUAUGCACUAUAUGGCAAGCGUCCCUGGUCGCAAGCCUUAGACCCAACCCUGUAUACCAAUGGUACUAUCUCUCAGGAGGUAGCAGAAAAUCUUGCUACUCUUGAUUCAAAGCUAAAUGCUAGUCAAUUUUCAAACUUGAAUGAGAAAAUGUCUGAUCUAUAUAAUCAAAAGAUUGGAUCUAAAAAGUCUUUAAAUUUGGGGGGAUCAAGAAAUUUUUUAGAUGAUCAAGUCUUUUCAGCUGUGGGUCAGAAGUCAUCAGGUAGUCCUAUAGCUGGUUUACAUUUGGCAGCUGAUGGAUUUUUGCGAGUUAAGACUGAACAAGAGCUUGUAGGCACAGCUCCGGCAGGAGAUUCUUUGAAAAUUGGCUCUGGUAAUGGCAAGCAUGCUCUAGACAAGGACAUGGAUGAUCGGAAAGGAUUGGAGUCUUCACCCUCAAGGCUGUUUACUGAAAGCAUGACGGUAGAGGACAAAAUAGAUUUGUCUCCAACCCAAGGUCUGGAUCUUUCCCAAGCUGUGGGGAGUAACAAUAGCACUAGCAAUAACAGUCCGAGCAGUAAGUCUAACAAUGCGUCUUCCAGUGGAAGUUCAUCCACAGGUCACACAAAGUUGUAUGCUACAUGCUUUGUUUGUGGUAAACAGCUGAGCAACCAGUACAAUCUUAGAGUUCACAUGGAAACUCACCAAAAUGUUCAGUAUGCUUGUUCCAUUUGUAGCCAUGUGUCUCGCUCUAAAGAUGCCUUACGCAAACAUGUAUCUUACCGUCAUCCAACGCCUGUUGACGGAAGUGGAUCAAGCGGUGGCUCAAAUUCAGGUGGGAACAAACGAGAAGGACGGAAGAAAGCUGACCAAACAGCAGCUGCAGCUGCUACAAAUGUUUCAUCGACAUCUGUUGGUGCCACAACAACAUCAACUGUUACUACUUUGGCUAACAGUACAACUGCCUCCAGCUCUGUGACGACAACUUCAACAAAUCCAGUUACAUCAUCAGAUAGUGUCUAGCAGAUUAGACAUACUCUAUACAAAUUGUCAAGUGUGCCUCCCUUCCCUUCCCUUCCCUUCCCUUUUUUUUCUUGGGGGUAAAAUUUUUGUACCUAGCUUGCUAUAGAUAGUUAAGCUAAUCCUCUUUUUUGUACCAAUUAUUAGUGUCCUUUGGAAUUAUGUAUUGCCAAUGCGGUACAUAGCCAAUGAGUGAUAUAAAUUAUUUUGAUGUUGUUUUAUCUCUGAUAACGUUUUAAUAACAGAUAAAAACUAAAUCAGUUCUUUUUUUUCAAGGUUUCUGUUUUAUGCUUGAAUUUCAUUCAAUAUUGACCUCUUGUACGUUAGCAUAUGAAGUCAGCUUCCAGAUACCAAAAGUCCGUCUAAGGCAUUCGGUUUUGUUUUUUAUCGAGUCCUGUAUUGUCAGUGUCAACUUCGAAUUCCAUUGUUCAUCUUUACUUAAUUGUGAAAUUAUGAAUUAUGCUGCAGGUGUAGACAAUAAUUAAGAGACUAAUCUUUUUUUUUUCCUGCCCUGCAGUCUUUUUGUCUAUUUUUAAAAUUCUAAUUUUUGCCUUCAUGCUCUAGUGAGAGGCAAACCACCUCUUGGUGUAGACUGGCUUUCAGAAAUGUUUGACAGCUGGAAUGUGAGUUUUAAAUUAAAUAAUACGUAUGCAAGGAGUAAAAUGUACAAGAGAAUUAUGUUUAAAUGUCAAUAUAUAUAUACAUAUAUAUAUAUUAUAUAUCUAUAUCUACGUUCGAAAAGUGUGCUAUGAUUCAAUCAAGAUUUAUUUGAAGUUUGUUGUUUAAUGUUUUCAUUUCCUUCUUUUGUUGUUAAUUUAGGUAUUGUGUAUUCUAACAGUUUAUUUCCAUUGCUUUGAGUAGCAGUGCAAAUCUGUAACAUCACCAAAGUGUCCAUAUUGUUGGGCUGACUUUUGAAACUGCAGCCGUACUGAACUAGUCGAAACCUCUCCAGUGCCUAGUUACCUUGUUAAGAAAUGAUUGUUUCUGUUAAAGUUCAUCCUUUGUGGUGUUGGAUUUUCCAUGUAGAAUGUUGAGACUGAGUUACAAAAUGUGCCUACUCUUCCUUUAUGCAAAAUUUCUGCAUCUUUUUGAAUGUGGUCUGAGAUAGGUAAUGGCAAUGGUUGCAUUGUUGUUCUCCUUUUAUAGACUCCCACUUGUCUGAGAUUUUUCUUUUUAUCUCGUGAACAUGGUCUGCUAAUGACUGAAAAGAAUGUCUUUGCAGUAUAACUCUGCAACCCUUUCCCUAGUCAAGCUUUAAAGUGGUAACUCCUUCCUUACUCUGUCUACUGGUUAUGGGUCUCAACAUAUCUUCCUAUGUCUUCUGAAACUAUUAUCUUGUACCUUCCUGCUUAUCUUCCAAAUAUUCUGUCUGCGUUUAUUUCUGGUUGCCUUCUAAAAUGUUUGCUACCAAAGUUUGGUAAAUCUUUCACUUUUAUAAAAUAUGUAAUAAGUAAAUUUGAAUGGUUAAAUGAGUCAAGUGGUGCUAUUGCAUCAUUUUUUAUGGUACAAAUAUAACUAAACCCAAAGUUCAAUUGAUAUCUGUCUCCCAAUAUAGUCAGUUAAGUACAUAUAGGAUGAAUGAUGUAUAAUUUUUUCAGGAAACUAGACCAAAAAUACCAUUGACUUCAAAACUUUAAUCAAUUUUUCUUGAGUGUUUCUAAUAAGGGCAGAUUCCUCUUGUACCCAAGUUGUGCUUCACCAAAAAUGUUUCCCAUGUAAUGAUUUUUUUUUCUUUUCUUUUGUUUACAAAUGUGCCAUGUACUAUUUUAUUAAUUGAAGUCUGACCUCAGUGCCUUUGAGAUAAUAACUUGUAGCAUUUAAUGCCUACAAGACAUAAAAAAAAAUUGUGUCAGAACCAAUUUGAAAAUUAUUUUACACUAUGUAGCAUGCCUAUUUGUGAUAUCAAUAUUUCCAGUUCCUAUAAAGUUUUGGUCUUUAUUAAAUUUUUGAAUUUUACUUGAAAAUGAGAAUUUGAUGCCACGAGCUCAAUUGUUUAUCACAAAAUGAUGUUAAUCAACUUCACCAAAUGUGCCUUUUCAUGUUUAUCUUUAAAGUUUAUAGAUGUUGCUCGUAACAGAUUCUAAGUUUCAUUGAUUAUCUAGUUUUUAUGCCAUUUAAAACUGAUCUGUUCUGUGCCAUCCAAGCGAGGAGUUUUGACAAUGUACCUCCAUAGUCUAUUUCACUGUUGGAGGUUGAUUGGAUAUUGCUUGUUAUGAGUGUAGAGUCAUCUUGAGUCAAAAUGUUCAGUGCCUAUUUUAUAAAUCAAGUUUAUGUUUAAAAGAAAAAUGUGCGUUAAAAAUUCUUGUCAAGUAUCAUAAGAUGUAUAUUGUCAAUUUCCUAUUUUCCUAUGAUGAUGUGGUUUCCAUGGACCAACGAAUUCUUGUCUUUGUUUUGUUUGUUUUCCUUGAGCACCGCAUAGUUGUAACAUACAUAGGUAUAUGUAGACAUAAGGGGAUGUAAAGUCUAUCCAAAGUUUAUAUUUCUUAUAAAAAUCACAUUAAGAUUUGUUGCCUUUAUCAAAAUGUUUAUCGCUAUGUUAAAUUUACAAAUUAUCAAACCAAAAGAACAAUUUUAUCAGUGUUAUGAAACAUAUUGACUGCUUGUAUACUUUUGAUAAUCUUCUGAAAAUGGAAAUGGGAUCCAUCGUGAUUUUCUUCAUCAGGAUGUGGAGUAAAUUGAAGGUGUCUUUGGUUUUAUCUUGUACUUAAUUUAUAGAAAUCUCUUGAAAUCCCUCCCUGCAUCCACCUCAUAUAGAUUGUGAACUGUUGAUUUAUUUUGUUACCACUUUCAAAUAGGUACCUGUGCAUCAAGUUAUGUAGACAGGCAAAAUUGUUGGCUUUUAAAGGUAUUGUUGUGUGUUGCUUUUCAGAUCAAUAAUUUUAAAACAUACCUGUCUCCUUUUUAUCAAUCCCAUAUUUUGUGCUAAUUUUUUGUUACUAAAUUUGCCAAAGUUGAAUUGCUAGGUUUUCUGUAAUGAUGGAGAUCCAAUUUCCAUUUCCUUCAAAAUAGUCUAUCCUCAACCUGGUUGAAUGUACAGUUUUAAUUGUGACGCAUUAAUGUGGCUUUUUACUUGUAUGAUUUCUGAGAUAGAUUUAUGGGUUUGGGUUUCUUUGUUAUUUUUUUUUCCUGUAAUGUUUGUUGUAGAGUUACCUAUUAAUGGCAUAGAAUAGCAUGGAUAAGCUUGUGGAAAAUUAUAAACUCCAUCUAUUGUUGUAAGAGGGUGCUGUUGUGAGUUCAGAGAGAAUUUUUGAAGGAAAGAAAAGGAUUAUAGUAUCUCAUAGAUCACAUAAGAUUCCGUGGUUUUAUGAAUGUAAUGAAUCAUUGUCAAAAAGGUAUGCAUUCCAAUCUUGAUGGCAUAGAUAAUUUGAAGAAAUCAGUUGCUGCUUUCAGACAGUCCCUUUCUUACUGUGUCAUAUGGAGAUCAUGUGUAUCAUGUAUAUACGCCCACUUUUUCCCUUGAAUAGUAACCGUGAGUCAGCUACAAAUGGUAUUGUAUUGGGAAUGUGGGGGUAAGUACUUAAAAAUUCUAGAGCCAUGGCUUCAACUUUAAACACACUUCUUUAUGGAAACAUCAGUACAACAGUUGUCUUAGAAAAGUGGCAAAAGAAGGUGCUGCUGUACUCUGUUGUCUUCCUUCCAUCUAAUUUUCAUUAGAAGGCGAUGAACUAUGGUGUCAGAUACAUAGAGUAUCCUACUGUGCCUUGCUCGAGGCAUGAGCUGACUGCCAUUCAUUAUUGAUUGUCCCAUGUACUGAAAAAUCAGUUGCCAAAAUUAACUUCUUGAAACUGUUAACGGCAUCUAUAUUACCCCAAGAACAGUUGUAGGUAUCUUAAUUUGAAAGUGCAAAGUCUUACUUUCAUGUAUAUUCUUGUGUGAAAAUAUUCAUAUUAUGUGUUUGUGUGCAUUAACUUAACAUGACCUGGCAAUUUAACUGUCUUGGAAGGAUGCACGUGUUAGUCAUAAUUUAGUAGUGCAUUGUUUUGAGUACUUUUUGUUUGGUACUAUUCUAUGCAAUAUAUUCAUACUGUUAUGCUUGAUUGCGUAAGCUUAAGUCAACAUUAGCUGAUCUCUUAGUCUUGUUACAUUUCCCUUCACACAUGAGAACACAAAACAAAUGGUUGUUGUUUUCUUCUUAGUGUGGGUCUUUCAGUUUUGGUGAAAAACUUAAACAUACUUUGUUAGCUUUUGAAGUUCAUUGAACAUGUGCAAUGUUACAUGAUUGUAGUGGUAUCUUCAUUAUGUUAUUGAAGUAUAUAUUUCUGUAAUUGUUUGUUUUAGGAGUUAACACGUGCUGUAUUGUAAGCGGUGUUCUGUACAUUUAAGGACCCCUGUUAGGGUUUUGUGUCAAGAAGGUACUUAAUCAUAUCAAUGUUGAAUGAUCUGUGCAGUGUGACCAAAAAUGCUCCUCCACAAGCCGUGCUCAGUUUGAUUUGCAUUCAGUUGUUUUUAUUUAUUGCUAUAUUUAUUGUGUCAGUUUGAUGGAGAGUCUAGCUUGGCUGCCCCGGCUGUGGUAUCAGGUUAGUCUAAGCCAGUUCCUCAACAGCUUUUUGAUACAUUGUGCAGCUCAUUCACUAUGGUUUCCUGCAUUGUAAUUUUUUUUGUUAUUAUUUAUUUAGGUUUGUGUUUGGUUGGUUUGAACUUUUCUAAGUAAUAGAGAUGUCACAAUGACACCGACUAGCGGCCAAAGCUUAGUGAGGAGACUAGUGUGUUAGCUGUGAUUAUUUUAUUUUAAUCCACUCUGACCUUUCCCUCUUUUUGUUAAAAAUAUAAUAGUAGUAAAGAGCAGUGGUGGGUCAGUUCUUUCAUAGCAGUUCCUUGAUUUAUAUUGAAAGUGCAAGUGCAGCUAGCAGUCCAAACUUCAUCACAGUGCCUUAAUGUGCAAAACUGUCUCUGUACAUACUAUUUCUGGUUCCUUCACCAGCUAAUUUUUAACAAUUGUCCUGUGUUGCACGUUUAUGUUCCUUUCCAUGUUUUUCCCCCCAUCAAUAUAUGUAUGUUAUUUUUUGUGCAAAAAUUUCUGGAAUUAUUCUGCACAAGAAGAACAUCUGAUGACAAUAUUGUGUGUUAAAUUCUCAUACAUCAUAUUUGAUGUUUCUAGCUUUGGAAAACUUUCCAAUCAAUUUUGGCAUCAAUGACACUUUUGACAGCUAGUAGAAAUCCACUUUUAAGUUAAUUUGACUUGCUCUUCAAUUUUAGUGCCAAUUAUGUCUUUGAAAGGAAGUGACUCUCAUAUUGGCCACUAUUUCUCACUUUAUGGGUCUACCCAAUGGUGUAAUCAGGAUACAUGGUACUUAACUUGUCUAUCUUUCUAAAUUCAAUGAAGACUUCAGCAGACGAGUACUUAGAUUUUGAGUAUACAUAUUUAUUUUUUAAAAAAAUGCUGAAACAGCUGUGCAAAUUUUGAAAGUGUUAUCCAGUUAACUGUUUUAAUAUACAUAAGAAGAAAUUAGAAUCCAAUGAUGGAUGCUUGUCCUCAUUGUGUUAUUUUUGAGAUAAAUUGUUUGUUUUGGAUCAAGUUUCUUGUAAAUAGAAAACUGUUGCUGUAUUGUACUGUCAUUUACAGCUAAGUAAAUUUUGUAAUGUGAUUGCAUGCUCUGGUUAGGACAAUACUCGUUUGACAGUCUUGCAUAACGCCCUUAAAUUGUCUAGUUGAAGACUGAGUGGCUUGUGGAAGCUCCUUUGUGAUGAACUUUUCAGUGUUCAUUUGUAAAUCUGUGUUUGAUUCUCUACACAAGAGGCAGCUUUAAUAUUUUAUUCUACGACCACUUUUUAGAUGAGAACAAUCCCUUGUUGAUUGGAGCCUUGUGAAAGUUUUUUUCAUGUUAUCAGGAGAAAUUCAGCUAUUGUGCCAAAAUAUCUUAUGUGAUCUAAUUUAACAUGUGUUAUUUAGUCUCUUAAGGUGCUUGAAGUCACCUAACCCAAAGUAAUUCAUGCCAAAAACUGUACCAAAUCACUCUCUUGAAAGUACUUGUUCUGUACUUGUUAAUUUUGAGCAUUUCUUUCAUUGGCCUAUAUAAAGUUUGUAAUUGAACUGCAUGUGCAGUUUAUUGUAGUUGUUUGCUUAAGUUCCAUUUUGUGUAGGAUGAAAACUCAUCUUGUUUUAAAAGUGCCUUAAAUUGAAGUUCAUAUUCAUCAUAAUAAAUUUUGGUUUGGAUUCAGGGUGUGCUUAUAUUUGCAGUGUCAUAACUAUAGACUACCAUAAAUCACAACUGCAAUCUGUUAAUAUUUGUUUUAUUUUAAAGUGUGUCUUAAUAGCAGUUUUGUUGUUGCAAACUUACUUGCGCCUCAGGGUAUCUGCUACUUAUGGUAAGGACCUGCUGCCCACUACCCAAUAGUAAACUUGAUACGAUUCAACCCUUGUGAUUUUUUGUUUGUUUGGAUUGCUUUGAUGGUUAAAACUGUUUGGAAGUGUCUGUUAAUAAACAAGUGAAAUAA